GUGGCGACGUCACAGAUGGAGCCCGUUGACGCGCGCAAGACCUUUCCAUGCUUCGACGAGCCAGCACUAAAGGCCACCUUCAAGGUCACUCUGGUUCGACGAUCGAACAUGACGUCGCUAUCAAACAUGGAGUUAGAACGAUCAGAGAAAAGGAGCAAUGGCUGGGUCGCCGACUACUACAAAACAAGCGUGAAGAUGUCCACGUACCUUCUAGCCUUCCUCAUCUGCGACUUUGAAUACAAGAACAGCACUGCACAGAACGGGACCGUGAAGGUGAAUGUGUGGGCUCGCAGUGAAGCUAUUAAACAGCUGGAUUACGCGCGCGAUUCUACUGCCUCCAUCAUCGACUAUUACACGGAGUACUUUGGAAUACCCUUUCCGUUAAAUAAGUCAGACUCAGUCGCUGUGCCGGACUUUGCUGCCGGUGCGAUGGAGAACUGGGGGCUGAUUAUCUACAGAGAAACGUCGUUCCUGUACGAUCCACUGGUGUCGUCUGAGAGCAACAAGAAGCGCGUCUGCACGGUUGUCGCACACGAGAUCGCGCAUCAGUGGUUUGGCAAUCUGGUAAGUCCCGCUUGGUGGGACGAUCUAUGGCUGAAUGAAGGUUUCGCGUCGUAUGUCGAGUAUCUCGGGCAAGAUCACUACGAACCGACCUGGAAAAUGAUGGACCAGUUUCUACUAGACGCCUUGCAGGCGGUGAUGCGCCUGGACGCGCUGGGAUCGUCGCAUCCCAUCUACCUACCGGUGCAUCACCCGGAUGAAAUUAACGAGAUCUUCGACUCGGUUACCUACGAUAAGGGAGCGUCGAUCAUCCGCAUGAUGAACUUCUUCCUUGGCGAGGACACGUUCCACGCGGGGUUGAAGGAAUACCUGAGAUACCAUUCUUACGGAAAUGCACGAACCAUUGAUCUAUGGAACUUCCUCUCAGCGCAAGCAAAGGCAGAUGGUAAGAACAUUGACGUUGCCACGGUGAUGGAUACGUGGACUCUACAGAUGGGCUUCCCAAUGGUAACGGUUACACGCGGCUACGGAUCCCGGAAAUCCAUCUCUCUGACGCAGCAGCACUUCCUGGUCGACCCCAACACGACCGUAUCGACAAAAUACGAAAACAAAUUCAACUAUAUAUGGCAGGUUCCAUUCACAAUAGCUGACGCUAGCACACUACCUUCCUACUGGGCGAAUCCAGCGAUCGUGUGGCUCACUUCGCCAUCACAGGCACUGGUCCACAGCGUGGCCGACAAGGACUGGGUCAUCGGCAACCUGGACGUGUACGGCUACUACCGCGUCAACUAUGACGUCAGAAACUGGCGCUUGCUGAUCGACCAGCUCCGACGCGACCACACUGUGAUACCCGUGAAGAAUCGGGCGCAGCUUCUCGACGACAUCUUCAACAUCGCGCGAGCCGGACACGUUAACGAAGAGCUGGCGCUCAACGCCACCGAGUACCUGGCGAACGAGAGAGAGUACCUGCCCUGGAGAUCGGCCCUCACUGCGCUAGACUUUGUCAACAACAUGCUCGAACGCACAUCUGCCUACGGUCUGUUCAAGGAGUACAUGAAGCUGCAGAUUCAGCCGCUCUACGAGGAGGUCGGCUGGAAUGAUUCUAUACACGACCAAUCAGUUAAACACGAUACUAUAUCUGUCAACUUGAAGACGAGCGUGUAUUGCACGGCGGUGAGGAACGGCGGCAUCAGGGAGUGGGACUUCGCGUGGGAUCAGUACAUUCGCUCCAACGUCGCCUCGGAGAAGCUAAAACUGCUCAGUGCUAUGAGCUGCAGCCGCGACAUUUGGAUCCUACAGAGGUACCUCGACCGCGCGCUAGAGGAAAAAGACAUUCGCCGCCAGGACGCGGGCACUGUCAUUGGCUACAUCGCUCAGAACCCUGUAGGCAGAUACCUGGCGUGGGACUUCAUCAGAGCAAAGUGGGAUACGGUUUACGAAAGAUUCGGAGAGAGCUUCUCUUCGAUGCGAAAAAUUAUAGAGCAGAUUACGGCCACUUUCAACACUCGAUUCGAGCUGGAAAGCCUGCAGCAAUGGGUGUCGUUGGUGGCGCGUCGUGGGGAGCUCGGCGCGGCUAAGAACGGAUGGGAGCAGGCCAUAGAACGCACCAAAGCCAAUAUUAAGUGGACGGUGCAGAACCUCAAGUCUAUCGACUACUGGCUGACGCAGAAGCACACAGUGCAUCGAAGGGGGGUGUCCGACUAAGCGGGACUGACUGUGUAUGAUGUUUAUCUCUAUGUAACUCUCUAUACGCGUAAGUUAUCGCCAUCGUCGUCGUCGUCGUGUUGCCGCUAUGUAUUCUUAUGAUUGACAGGCACGGUAAGCAAAUCUUUGGCAUGUCCCGGAUUGUGAGGUACGUGACUUUCAAAUUCAACACGCCGCUUGAGCUGCAGCAGUUGAAGGAGUG